UCAGCCUGCUGCUUCUCUUUCUUCACUUGAUCACCGGAUUCAUCAUCGUUAGAUUUCUGUAUCAAGUGUUUCUAACUGAGAAAAAGGGUUGAGUUCAUAGAUUCAAUGAUUGGGGACUCCGAAGACUCGCAUACAAGAUCCAAAAAGCAAAAAAAUGCACAUUACAUCUUGAUGAACAGUUUUGUCAAUUGUUGUUUGCCGAAAGUGUAGUGGUGAAAGGCCAAAUAUGCGAUUUUACCUAAAAGACUUCCUGCAUUACCCAUGAUUGAAACAUGUUAAUCACUCCAAGGUGGCUUAUGUUGAAGAGCGGGAAGAAUCAGUUGAUUUACUCACCCUUUUUAGUCGAAGCAGUCAACAGGUUUGACCAGGAGAUAUAUCGCGUGAAGCUUCCAGGACCACCUAAUAUUGGAGAAGGGAAACCUGAAAAUCAAAACCAUGUCAUGUCUUUUGGAUUAUUAUAUAAGGGGAGUAGGGGAGAAGCUGAGAAAGCUGACAAGAAAGCUGAUGAAAAUGAUGAAGGCCAACCACUUCCAGGAACUGCUAGACAUAGGGAAUUUUAUCCGGAAGGUGUAGCUAAGGUCCUACAGAGAUGA